AUGACAAACAGCAGCCAGGAAGAGGUGGACGCCGCGGGAAAACUCCUUCAAAGCUAUAUCCGCGAACAGAAGCUACUGAAUUUCAACGCUGUAGUCAUCAACUUUGGGAAGUCUUCAUUUCGCAACUGGCCAAAGUUCGCAAGUGUGUAUAGUGGCAGAUUCAAUCCCGACUAUAUCGCAGAGUAUGUGGGCAAGCAAAUUUGUGGUGAGUGUCAUCCAGUUCACGUCCGAUUGACCAGCGCAACGUCAAAGCUGAACAUUACUGAACAAGAUCAACCUCUAAAAAGGUUGAAACAGCGAUCUAGGUGGCGCAAAACAUGA